AAGAAGAGACAACUCCGGGUCACGUGAUUGGCUCGAGCAUCUUUUUUUGGCCCAUUUUGGAAGAUUGCAAGAGCUCCGUACAGCCCAAGAAAAUGACCAAACUGCAGUUUUUAAACGUCUUUUUGACUGAGCGUCUCAUGCUUGCUGCGCAGGAGAUUUACAAGUCUGUCGAGGACACGAUUUUGGAGUACCAGGAGGAGAUAGCGAUAAGGGAGCGGGAGAACGACCAUCUGAGACGCAGACUGCGAGACGCUGGAAUUGAAAUAUGGCCAGAUCGCCCUUCCAUGGCGCUGUUGGAUGAGGAGGAUGGUGAGCAUCCACGGCGAGAGUGGAGUCCCAGCAUGGGACAUGAAGAGCGUAUUCCUAUUCAGAUUAAGGAUAAAAGAGAUCUCCGGGCCAACCAAGGAGAUGAUCAGCUUCGGGGCCAUGGCUCUUGCAGCACACCAGAGAACAUGUUCACUCCUCCACGGGUUGGUAAUGAAUAUCCCCAGGACGGCCCCCACACAUCCAACCUCCCUCAGAGUCAGGGUGUGGAGAACAGAGAGAGGGAUCCUGGCUCUCGAGGCUCCUCGAGGCACGUGAAGGCGGAGAGUGGAGGAGGCCACAGAGGCUCUACUUCUUCCAACAGCGGCGCCCAGCCUCUCGCACCAGUCAAUCCAAACUGCUCAAAUGAGAACAACAUUGACAUUAUUGGGGUGGAGAAUGGAGGACAGAUGGUUGGUGCUAAGGGAGCUGGAACUGGAGCUAACAGAGCACAGGCGUCACACAUGCGCAACCAAGGAGCCAACGCCGUGGACUGCCCCCAUCAAAAAUCCCCCCUGCAAGGCCACAUGUCGUCUUUCUGCUGCAAGGUUUGUGGUGAGGCAUUUAGUCACAUUGGCCACUUGCAUGUGCAUGUACAAGUGCACACACGGGAAAAACCUUACCGCUGUGGUGUUUGCGGGAAAUGCUGCAGCUCCUCUGGCAGACUCCAGGAGCACCAGCGGAGCCACACGGGUGAAAAACCAUUCCGCUGCCAGAUUUGUGGAAAGGGCUUCACACAGAUGGCUCACCUGAAGGUACACAUGAGGAUCCAUACGGGGGAGAAGCCAUACAGCUGCCCCGUGUGUGGCAAGUGCUUCAGCCGCUCUGACAAAAUCAAAAGGCAUCUCCAGACCCAUAGCCGCGAGGGAACAUAUUUCUCAGGGCAAUGAUGCAAAUGUGUUGUUAAACAACCCAGUUUGUGAAUCACAUUGAUGUGGGAAACUUUUCUACAAAAAGCUAAAAUCGCUGCCACCAAGAUGAGGCUUUUUUUUUUUCUUCCUACUUUCCAAGAACUAGGGAUUCUGCAACUCUUAGAGAAAGUUUUUUAUCUAAUCUAAUACUUCUCCACACCAUAGUCCCUCAAUAGAAUUUGUAUUAGCCAGUUUAGUAUGUCAUUUACUUAAUUUUGUACUUGUCACUGAGUAUUAAAUCUCUGACACAAUUUGAGUUAUUAGCUAGCCUUUCUGAAUAAUCUAGCCUUUCCUUAUUCAUAUAAUUAGCAUGAUGAAGUCUUCCACACAUGCCUUGAAACUGAGAUGCAUUAAGAAAUGCAACAAUGUUCAGCACAGUCAUGGCUCAUUAUCAACCAGUCCAGUCAUAUCCAUAAAUUUACACUUGAGUUUAAAAUCUUAAGCAUCAGUGUAUGCAUGAAGUCACGUCCAUUUUGUUUGGCCUGAUAAGUAAAGCCUGUGUGUUAUCUGGAUUAGUCUAACACUGCCAGUAGUUGUUUUUUUUAUGUAGCAAUUUAAGAAAAUUACACAAAAUUUAGCCAAACAAUAAGCUGGUGCAAAGCCCCCACAGACUGUGGACUUGACUGGUUUUACAAGGAGGAGUCUUAUCUGGCACUUGUCUUUGUUUUUUUUUUAGUAUUAUUUUAGCCUCUUUUUCUUCUCAGUGCUGUCACAUUGUUGCAGAGCUGAAUACUGCCAUCUCACAUUGUCAGUGCUUCAUGAUGUCCAUUGAAACAUGGACAGAGCUAUUGUGAGACUGCUCCACUAUUUUGUGAAAUAAUGUGAUGUUCUGUAAAAUACCACUAGUCUCAAUCUACCAUCCGUUUAGGAAUAUUGUGGUGUCUUUUUUUUUUUUUUUUAAAUGACAUGCACUAUUGCAUCUAUCCAACACAAUGCAGAAAUUCACUCUAUAAUAGGGCCAUACAGUAUUAGCUGAACGUACCUGUGGUACCAGGGGUCUCCAGUCUGCAAAGAUUUAUGUUCACCUGUGUUUCCACCACAGUCAUUUUUCAAAUGUGAGGUUUUUUUUUUUUUUUUUGGAGUGGCCUCAGCUGUGGUUGAUUUUCAGAAGUGGUGGUUGGUUUAUCAUGGAAUCAGGUACUUCCUCUGCCCAUCCUGGACUGACCCUACCCCCCUGAACAGUAGACCCUACAGUUACCUUUCUCCUCUCAGGACUAAUGCUGCAUUCACAACAUGAGGGCAAACCAGAAAUACUAACAUCUGACUUAACACAGCUAUCCUACAAGUCAGAAACUCAGGGUUUGUGAGUUUUUUCAUUGAAUUUGUCCCUGCUUCUAUCAUUAAAAAAAAAAGAUUAAUUAUAUAAUAUGAAACCUUCAGACUGUGUCAGAGCUCAGUUGUUGCUUCGGACCAAGUCCUGCCCAAGCUCAUGUCCCUGUACAUGUUAUGAAUGCAGCAUGAGACAACUACAGCACGUCCUCACAGCUGACCAGCAACCCUUCACUCACAGUCUUCUCUGGGACACCAAUGUUCCCCCCUCCUGCACACACACUCUAUUGUACAGUGUUGUAUCAUUGCGUAUUAAAUGUUAUUUUUUAAUAAAGUAGUCAU